GUCGCGGUCGUGUCUUGUGUAGUGCUCGCGAGUGUAGUGACCAACAUGCGUUGGCAACUCGUCCUGCCUCUCCUACUGGGGCUGACGUGUCGAGUUUGUCAAAGCACCUGUGUUUUCGAAUCAGACUUUGGUUUCACGUUAAACUGUGCUUUUAAAAAAUCUGGGCUUUUCCGAGUGAGGAACCUUGGUGGGGUCAAAGGAUACGUCGGACUCGGGCUCAGUAUUGGAGAUGAACUCGGGUUCAAACAAUCGCUUUCUACCUUGGAGAGCAGUAGAAGAAGGUCUACAGAUGGGCAAACUGCUCCCAACAGUGUGGACAACCAGGAGGUGGGUAAACGUGCGGAUGGUGUGGAGGGCCGUGCUCAUCGGGGGCGCAUCAAGAUGAUCAAUAGAGGGGUACCGCCCUUCAGGCCACUACCUCCUCCGGCACCCAACACUUUAAGGAAGUCUGCAGCCAUUCACCACAUGCCUGCCCCCGCUCUGGCCGCAGUGCCUACCUCCGCCCCCUCACUAGGCAACGUCGUCGUGGUGCCUGCCUUCCAGGCACUUCCGGCUUCAAUAGUGCGGGCGGCCAAUGCUAAGGUCUCUGCUCGUCCACCAGCUCCAGUCGCCUUCCAGAACGCCCUUCAGAUGGCUAACAGACGCUUCCAGGUGGUUGUCCCAGAAAUGCCAUCAGUCAAUUCGGUGUCCAACCACAUAGCUCCCAGCAAAGCUAUUCCGGAUAACACUUUGACAGUACGAGGAGGUACGGCUGCUCCUGCUCCGUUCCAGCCGAGAUCUACUACCCCAGCCCCUGCACCAGCUGUCGUCUACACCCCCAGGGCUCCCGCAGACAUGGACAUCCACGCACCCAACCCUAUGUUGAUGGGUCACUCCAUCUCCUCUCUGGCACAGGCAUCGAACAUCAGCGUGGAAACAUUGGCCGCUGCCAUCAGGUUUAAGGAGGAUCAAAUGAAGUUGUCCACCACCACGACAACUACCACAACAACUACAACAACAACCACAACCACUCCUCCUCCACCAACUAAGCCGUCCACGGUUAAACCAAGGUACUCCCUAGCAGGUCACAGCAAAGUGAUGAAUGCACCCAAAGAGUACUACCCAGUCGCUUAUGACAAGAACUACGAUGACAACUUCACCUCCAAAGUAGAACUUCCAGACACGUCGUUCAGCUGUGGAGAUCAAAAACACUUCCCUGGCCUCUACGCAGACGAGGACCUUGGUUGCAUGGUAUUCCACGUGUGCGCGUUUACCGACGACGGUCUAGUCAUGAAGAGUUUCCUCUGUCCUGAAUCAACGUUGUUUGAUCAAACCAUUCUUAAGUGCAACUGGUGGUUUUACGUGGACUGCAAGUCCUCCCGGAAACUCUACGAUAGCAACAUUCCCAUAUCCAAAAGCUAUCAGCUGAUGAAAGCUCUUGCCUUCUUCUCUUCCUACAAAAACCAAACCAGUAGUGCCAACUCUACGUGAAGUUGAAGUAGCAGUGAUGCCAAAAUAUUACUCAAGAAGACUUUGCUCAACCUUACAGUGAGCUACUUUGUGAUAAAAAGCUUACGUCAUGGAAUGAAAAGGAAUUUCGUGGAAUUUUUCUUGAAGUUUGUGAAAUGUUUAAUUGUCUGCCAAAUCUAAAUGAAUUGGCCUUUUUGUGAAAAUGUAUAGUUACUCAUUAUAUCAAUAACAAAAUAAGAUGAUUGACAUAAACAACUGAGACAGGGAUUUUGAAAGUCUUCACUCAAUUAAUUAAAAGGAAAUUUUCUUAAAGGUUUCUCAAUGUAUGGUAUUAUCAUGUUUUACAAAAAUGUGUCAUAACUACUAUUACUGAUAUUUAGUAUUUUUGACAUGCUCAUAGUGAAAUACCCUUCAUAAAAAA